AUGAACAUAGUCCAGGAAGAAGUUGAACGCCUUGGAAAGAAUAAGGCACUAGAAAAGUGUAUCAAAGAGAGUAAUGACUUACUGAGCUAUUUGAAACAGAAACAAGAACAAUUGAAUCAGGACACUGACGACUUGAAAGUACAAGAUGUGCAGAUAAAGAUUAACUAUUGGGCAAAUCAGUCAUUGAAACAUGAGAAAUCCCUCAAUACCGUUAUCAAAAAGUAUCAGAAGAGUAUCGAUAAAGUGUUUAAUUUUGACUUGAGUGAAGUUUACAGACAUCGUAUUCCAUUGGAAAGCACAAGAUGUAGACAGUUAGUCGAUAGAGCACUAAUAAUGCAUUUGUUACGAAUUGGGGAUUUCGAAGCUGCCAAUACCAUUGCAAAAAUGGAUAACAUUCAGGUGCCUGAUCAGCUACUCAACAAGUUUCAUGAAUUGGAAGAAAUAUCUGAAGAUUUGACAGUUCAUCACCGAUUGGAAAAAGCAAUUGCAUGGGCCAAUGUCAAUAAACACAAUCUUCAAAGAAUAGGAUCAGAUUUACAGUUCAAUCUGCAUAAACUAAAGUUCAUCGAUAUUUACAAGAAGAAUCCUUCAUCCCCUUAUCCUGCCUAUGAGUAUGCGAAGAUCAAUUUUCCUCACUUUGGAAAUACUCACUUGGACGUGAUAUCAAAGUUAAUGUCAUCCACUAUAUUUACUCCCAAUGAGCCAGAAAAUCCGUAUUUGGAUUCAAUAGACUUGACAAGUUCUCCCUACCAGAAACUUUUCACGCAGCUGUCCAGAGAUUUCUGUUCAUUCGUGGGGCUCUCCUCAGAAUCUCCUAUUUUCAACACACUUCAAGCGAGCUAUAUUGCGAUUCCAAAUUUUGUUAAGUUCAACAAGAUCUCGAAGAUGAAGAAUGAGAAGCUGGAUUGGACCUCAGAGAAUGAACUUCCAUUUGAAGUUGAGCUUCCAAAAUCUCUACAAUUCCACUCAAUAUUCAUUUGUCCAGUCAGCAAAGAAGAAACAACGCCUCAAAAUUCACCAAUGGCCCUAGGCUGCCGACAUCUGAUAAGUAAAGACUCUUUAGCGAAACUAAAGAAGAGAAACUCCUCUAUCAAGUGCCCAUAUUGCCCAAAGACGUUUGCUGCGAAUGAGAUCCAGGAAGUUCAGUUCAUAUAG